UCUGUGUCGUCUUCCUCUUCUGUCUCUUACUCAAAAAACAGUCAAAUUAAUUUUCUGCCUUAGUAGAAAAGAUAUUUUAUCGAAUCUCCGACGUUUACUCAAGUUUCCGUCGUUUUGUUUUUCUAGUUCUCGCUUCCUCCUCCUCCUCCGAUUUACGUCGGUGGAUCUGUAUUUCGCCAAUGAUUAGCUUCGGCGAUUGAUUUGUCUGAAUAUUUUGAAGGCUUCUCACGCUUUUACCUAAUUUUGUGAAUAAUGGAUGAAGCCGUAGUUGCGGAUGUGAGCAGCAGUCCCAGUGAAGCCGAAUCUGCUCACCUUCAAUUCGAAAAUGGUCAGCAAUCUCUUAAACCAGACAACUUCGAAAUCCAGGAUAAUAGCUCUUUUGGCGUGAUACCAGAUUUUUUAGUUGGCAAGAAUGUGAAUGAAACACAGAAUGAACCAUGUUCUAGCCGGCAUAACACAAAUAAUGCUGGCACCGACAUGGUUGAGGAGUUGACUGUUAAUAUUUGUGACGGAUCAUCAAACAUAGCCAUAGUUGGUAGAUCAAGUCAAAGAGCUAGGUUAGAGAUUAACCGCAUUCAGUUUCCCCUAGAUGGGGAUUUACCUAGUAGCAGUUCUAUGAGUAAGGGAGGAAGUGACAGGGAAGCACCACCAAGUAUAGUGUCGUUGCCUGAUACUUCAUCAACUGGGGAGCAACUUGCCAUUGCUGUUAAUGGUGAACCAAAUCUAGAGGCAUUGUCUCAUGGAGGCAUCAAGACAAAGAUGCUAUCGCAGUCUGGGUUCUCUCAGUUUUUUGCUAAAAACACACUGGAAGGAAAGGGAGUCACAUUCAGAGGACCGCCACAUAUUAAUAUGGAUAAGCAAACUGUGACUAGUUCUGGUAGCCCUUUAGUAAUAUCGGAUACUACAGCAAAGGUUUCUGGCAGAAAUCUUUUGGCAGUGGAUGAUCAUGAUGUUUUGCCGUACUCCAGAGCCAGUAAUCCAUCUUCUUGUGGAGGUGAAGGUUUAAGUCUGAGAGAUUGGUUGAAGUCAAAGCGUCAGGAAGUUAACAAAGGAGAAUGUUUGUAUAUCUUUAGGCAGAUCGUGGAGUAUGUGGAUGAGUCUCAUUCUCGAGGAGUUGCUUUGUGUGACCUACGGCCAUCUUUAUUCAAAAUUUCAAAGGAAAACGAGGUCAAGUAUGUUGGUUCAGGUUUUCAGCGAGAGUCUGUUGACAGGAAAAUGAAUAAAGAUACUUUAACUCAACUCGAAAACCCUCUGGUUAGAAGACGGUUACGAGAUACAGGAGGCGGUCCCAGCAUCCCUGCAAAGAAGCAGAAAUCAAGUGGACCAAACUCUAGACAGUGGCCUAUGUUUCAACGAGCUGGCGGCGUCAGUAUCCAAACUCAAAAUGAUGAUGGCGCUACUCAGGAGCUUCAUUUCAGAUCUAGUCAACCUCAUUGUAGUACACCUGCACUGCCGUUUACUUCAGUGAGUGAGCAGUUGGAGGAGAAAUGGUAUGCGAGUCCCGAGGAGCUCAUGGCGGAGUCUCGUUCAGUUGCUUCAAACAUCUAUAGUCUGGGUAUCUUUCUUUUUGAGCUGCUUAGUGAAUUUCAAUGUGAAAGAGCUCGUGAGGUUGCAAUGUCUGAUAUCCGUCACCGGAUUCUUCCUGCCAAAUUUCUGUCAGAGAGUCCAAAGGAAGCUGGGUUCUGUCUCUGGUUACUUCAUCCAGAACCUUCACAGCGACCAUCAACCAGGGACAUCUUUCAAUCAGAAGUGGUUAAUGGAAUUCCAGAUUUGUAUGCUGAAAGCGUAUCUUUAGCUAUUGAACAAGAUGAAACAGAGUCUGACCUGUUACAGCAUUUCCUAGUUUCAUCCCAAGAGAAAAGGCAGAAGCAUGCUGGAAAGUUGAUGAAAGAUAUUGUGUCCUUAGAAGCUGAUAUAGAAGAAAUUGUCAAGAGACGUUGUGCCAUAAAGCCUCUGUCUGUGGAAGAACCUUCUAGCUCAUCAUCUGCUUCAGGCCUACCUGAAAUGAGACUUGUCACGAACAUUAAACAGCUGGAAAGCGCUUACUUUGCUGCAAGGAUAGAUGCACAUCGCCCUAAAGCACGCUAUAAGUUACGCCCGGAUAGAGAUCUGCUAAGAAGUCGUGAUGAUAAUGUUAUACCCGAACAAGAAAAUAGCGAGGCUUGGAGCUCAGACGAUCGUGUUGGAGCGUUCUUCGAUGGGUUAUGCAAAUACGCUCGAUAUAGCAAGUUUGAAACUCGGGGUGUGCUGAGGACAGGGGAGUUGAACAGCAAUUCAAAUGUAAUUUGUUCUCUGGGUUUUGAUAGGGACGAAGAUUAUUUUGCCACGGCUGGUGUGACAAAGAAAAUAAAGAUAUUCGACUUCAAUUCCCUGUUCAACGAGUCUGUUGACAUUCAUUAUCCAGCCGUUGAAAUGCCUAAUAGAUCAAAUCUUACCGGGGUUUGCUGGAACAACUACAUCAGGAACUACUUAGCUUCCUCUGAUUAUGAUGGUAUCAUCAAGCUAUGGGAUGUUACAACAGGACAGGCCAUUUCACAUUUCAUAGAGCACGAGAAGAGGGCUUGGGCUGUUGACUUCUCUGAAGCCUCUCCAACACAAUUAGCCAGUGGAAGCGAUGAUUGUUCUGUGAAACUAUGGAACAUCAAUGAGAGGAAGUGCUUAGGAACAAUCAGGAAUAUUGCAAACGUUUGUUGUGUACAAUUUUCUCCACAGUCCUCUCAUCUACUAGCCUUUGGAUCAUCAGAUUCCAGAACCUACUGCUACGAUCUACGGAAUUUAAGAACUCCUUGGUGCAUACUCUCAGGACACAACAAAGCAGUUAGCUACGCCAAAUUCUUGGAUAAUGAAACCCUUGUUACAGCUUCAACUGAUAACACGUUAAAGCUUUGGGAUCUUAAGAAAACCACUCACGGUGGUCUCUCUACUAAUGCUUGCAGCUUAACUUUUGGCGGUCAUACAAACGAGAAGAACUUUGUUGGUUUGUCUACUGCUGAUGGAUAUAUAGCUUGUGGUUCUGAGACAAAUGAGGUUUAUGCUUAUCACCGGUCUCUUCCUAUGCCCAUUACCUCGUACAAGUUUGGCUCUAUUGAUCCGAUAACAGGUAAGGAUAUCAAGGAGGAGAACAACCUAUUUGUUUCAAGCGUGUGCUGGAGAAAAAGAUCGAAUAUGGUUGUUUCUGCUAGCUCAAAUGGGUCUAUCAAAGUUCUACAGCUGGUCUGAAACCAUAAUAGGUAGAGAAGAAGCUGAGGUAAGUAUUCUUCACUUGAAGCCCCCUUGGUGGUUUAGGGCAACAAGAAAGAACCAGCAGCCCAAAGACACAGACAAAACAAUCAUAUUACCGAGUUUGUGGAAAGGGAGAUAUGAUGAGUAGUUGAAUCUAAUGUACAGUGUUGGAGUUUUCCUCAAAAGGGGUAAAUGAAUGAGAGAGAAGGAAGUACACUAAUGUGGUUAAUAGUUGCAGUUGCUAGACAGCGGUUAGGGGUUAUACAGGUGAUGAGUAUAUGUAGUAAGGUAAUAAGACCUUGUUUCUUGGUGGUGUUCUAAGUUUUAAAUUUAUUUGUUACUUAUUACUUAUUACUUAUGAGACCACUAGAUCUCACUUUCUGAUGUAAAAAGAAUAUAGAGAUCAUACUCUUCGUCUUUGAUGUGUAUAUAUAUAUAGUUGGUAUGAGGUUUUAUCCCAAAGAUGAAUCUCAUCCACUCUGAAAAAG